AGCUCGAAAGAAGAUCGGGAUGAUUCUUUAGAUAUAAAACCACCUCAAGCAUUGCUGAAAUCUAAAAAUAUGAGCUCUCGUCAUGAUGAUAAGAAAAGGAGCAAGCAUUCAAGAAAACAUGAGUCACGACGAAAAGAUCACCACAGAAGUCAUGACAGAAACCCACGUCGAGAAAGCAGAACUUCAUGGGCCAGUGACUCAAAUAGGAAAGGUGCUCGAGAUAUGGAUACUAGAACUGUUCGUUACAGAGAUGACCCUAUAAGAGAAAGAGAAGUUAGGAAGAAUGUUGAAAUUAGGGAUAUUCCUGAUAUUAGAGAUGUUCGUGAUAUAAGAACGAAAAAAGAUUCCCGUGAGCCUCGAGACAGGAGCAUAGAGUUGAAAAUUAAAGAUGACAGGCAUUUUGACCGAUUGGAAGAAAAGAAAAUGGAAUGGCGGAAAAAGCGUUUGCUUUUUAUAAAACGAAAGCGAGAACAAGAUAGAGGUCAAAUGGAUCGUUUAUCAUCCAAUCUGCCUCUCUGGCCUCAUAGAGAAGAUGCUCAAACUACAAGCAGAGAUUUACGUGAAAAGUUACGAGAAAAAGAAAGAUUGCAGCAGGAAAAAGAAAGACGACUUGAACGUUUUCGCAGUCCUCCUAAAGACAGAGGGGAAAUUGCAGUUGAGUCUGAAGAAAAGAAAGAGAAAGAGCUUCAUAUUUCUCCAGAACCUUUCAUAGAAGAAGAACCAAUGGAUUAUGAGGAGGAUAAAGAGCAGGAGGAGGAGGAGGAGGAGGAGGAGGAAAGUGAUCAACCAAGUGAUGAUAAAGAUGAUACAGAAAGUGAAUCAGAGAGCAGUGAUAGUGACACAGAAGGUUCUAGUCAUAAUUCAAAAGUAGAUGAAGAGGAGGAUGAAGAGGUUGCCGAAGAAGAAUCCUCAGAGGAAGAAGUGGAAGAAGCUAAACCAGAUGUUAAAGUUCCUGUGGAGAAUCUUUCCAAGAAGGGCACAUCACCAGUUAAGCAACCAGUUUCUGAUCCUGCACCUAAACUUCCUACUUAUCUACCAGCUAUACAAGGUUGCCGCAGUGUUGAAGAAUUUCAUUGUCUGAAUAGAAUAGAAGAAGGAACUUAUGGGGUUGUAUAUAGAGCACGAGAUAAACGAACUGAUGAAAUUGUUGCUUUAAAAAGAUUAAAAAUGGAGAAAGAAAAGGAAGGAUUUCCAAUUACUUCAUUGAGAGAAAUAAACACGUUGCUGAAAGCUCAACAUCCAAAUAUUGUUACUGUUCGGGAAAUUGUUGUUGGAAGUAAUAUGGACAAAAUAUACAUUGUUAUGGAUUAUGUAGAACAUGACUUGAAAAGUUUGAUGGAAACAAUGAAGCAGCCGUUUUUGAUUGGUGAAGUUAAAACACUUAUGCUUCAACUGCUUUGUGCUGUCUCUCAUUUGCAUGACAACUGGAUACUUCACCGAGACUUAAAAACAUCAAAUUUAUUGCUUAGUCAUAAAGGCAUAUUAAAGGUUGGAGAUUUUGGUCUAGCAAGAGAGUAUGGUUCACCCUUGAAACCUUACACUCCUGUUGUUGUGACAUUAUGGUAUAGAGCACCUGAACUACUGCUUGGUGCUAAACAAUAUUCUACUGCUAUUGAUAUGUGGUCAGUGGGUUGCAUAUUUGGAGAGUUACUUACAAUGAAGCCUCUCUUUCCUGGAAAAUCAGAUAUAGAUCAAUUAAAUAGGAUAUUCAAAGAUCUUGGAACUCCCAGUGAAAAAAUUUGGCCUGGUUAUAGUGAUCUCCCUCUGGUUAAAAAAGUUACAUUUACGGAAUAUCCAUAUAACAAUUUAAAAAACCGUUUUGGGCAUAAUUUUACAGCUUUAGGCUUUGACCUUCUUAAUAGAUUCCUAACAUAUAAUCCAGCAAGGCGGAUCACUGCUGAAGAAGCCAGAAAACACGAAUUUUUUAAUGAAAAACCUAAACCAAUAUCUCCAUCUAUGUUUCCUACGUGGCCUGCCAAGAGUGAGCAAGUUCACCGUAAAGCGCAAAGCCCUAAACCUCCUUCUGGUGGAAAGCAAUAUGCAAGACAAAUG